UCCCCAUUCCCAGUUUCCCACCACCACACCACACCCUUCCCUUUAAAUUCUGACUUUGCAUGGGAAGGAUUGAACAUUGUAUUGGAUAGAUAGCUAGAAUAUAAUUAUUAAAGAGUGGAGACGGCAGGAUGAAGAAUUCUCAUGAUGAGUGUAUAACAACAAGCAAAAGCAAGGAUGUUUCGCUUGGGGAACUGAGGGAUAGGCUUGCAGAGUUCGCCAGUGUAAGGGGAUGGGAUCAGUUUCAUAGCCCUAGGAACCUCCUCUUAGCCUUGGUGGGAGAGGUAGGAGAACUGUCCGAGAUCUUUCAGUGGAAGGGAGAGGUAGCCAAAGGACUACCCAAUUGGACUUCAGCUGAAAAGGAGCAUUUAGAGGAGGAGCUGUCGGAUGUUUUGCUCUAUCUAGUUCGUCUAGCAGAUGUUUGUGGACUUGAUCUUGGACGAGCUGCCCUCACCAAGCUAGUCAAGAAUGCUCGAAAGUAUCCCGUUGUCAAUUCAUCGCCUUCGGCAACAUCCAACUAGUUAAGUUAGGCUACGUUAUUCCCCUUAGUAAUCCUUCCGGUCUUAGUUUUGUGCCUCUCUCUCUCUCUACUACUACUAAGUACUAAUAGGUAGAUCUAUGAACAAGUUGUAGCUUUUGCUUUCUAAUAUAAAUGCGUGAAGAAGCAUGUUAACUUGUUAAAAACAAUUGUAUAGAGAUCUAGAUAUGCAUUUUUCUCCUGUUUGCUACAACAUUUUAUGUAGCCAUGUUGAAGUUAAAGGGCUAUAUAAAAAUGGGUUAUAUGUGUUCAAGCCCAAUAAACAAUGGCCCAGGACGGUAAAGCCCAUCGGACUACCUGCCCAUGAAAGAUUGGACGAAUUAGGAAUCAGUAGCACAAAUUGAUCCUUGAGAUCGAACCUCAAUUAAUUCUUUAGUCUGGUUAGUCUAAAAAUUUCUUUGUCCUUUCCAUUCUAGUUUUCUGUGCUAAUUGAGUAUAUCUUCCAUAACUCUUGA